UGCCAUGGCACAUCUACGGGUUCCACGCUGCCACGCGAGCCUCUUAGAGAUGGCAAAUAAGCUGUACAUGAUUGGCGGAUUCGUUGGGGACUCGAGCGCUUCGGACGAAAAGAGCCAAUCAAUGUCGACGAUAGAAGCGUACGACGAAAGCAACGAGGCCUGGGAGUUCGUGGCCGAUCUCUGGCAGGGCCGCCAUGAUGCAAACACGGUCACUGUUGGUGACAAGGCCUACAUCAUCGGAGGCAUGGAGGACGAGAACGAAGACCCUCUUCCAAACGUGGAAUGCUUCGACCCACUGACCGUGUCCUGGGCCCAGGGCCUUGCGGCACUCCCCUCGGCAAGCUUCGGCCACGCCUGCUGCGUCAUUCCCGGCGAUGUUCCCAUCAAGUGGCCCAAGUCGUAAAACAAAACAAAAUCUGCGGUGAAUAUUUUAUUAUAGCCAUCCCUCGAUUUGUUCAAAUUGUCCAAUAAGUUUACUCACUCGAUAGAUCAAUGAGUUCCGUUUUCUGCAUUUUAACCCUUUUGUUUAAGGUAAAGCGUGCGCGUGAAUUCCCGAUGUACCGGCACAAAACUCAUGGUACAACACCCUUUGUACGCACUAACAGCCUUCGGUAGGAUAUACGCAUUCAACUCGCACAAGCGAUGUUCUGUUCAUUGAGAUGAAAAGUUCCACUUUGGUGGUUCAGUUCAGGGUAGGGGGCCUGGUAUCUUUAACAGGAACGUCUCACGAGAGCAACAUAUCUUGGAGCGUAGCAUCUUAAGUUUCAUGAUUUUCAUGGACUUGAUAACAUUAUAAAAAAAACAAAGACGAUUUCAGACUGUUUGGCGCCACAAUUGACACGCCAUAAGAACAGUCCCAAAACGAGGACCAAAAUUAAGUUUUCCAGAGGGUUUUGAGGGGAAGGGACGAUGCAAUCCCAUGGACUUCAUGCAUGCCAAGAAAGCACCAAGCAGUUAACGAUGCUCGCGGAGCAUAAUGAUCGCAUCAACUUCCUUGUUUCCGGGCUCCGCCAUCUUUGAUUUCCCCAUUGACUUUGUGCACAAGAAUAGUAAACGAUUACUGUCCUUUUUCAUUUUAUUUCGAUAUCUUUAUUACUUAAAUUCUACCCUAUAGAAAAUGGAUUCUUGAAUUAAAGUACCAGUGUACACACUAGGUACUAGUUAUUGUUCAGUUUCUUAUUUUUUUAACAACAAAAUGUUUGGCCUCCAAACUUUCAUUUUUUUUUUUGGUGGACCAAAAUAACCCCAUAAUCCAUUGCACUUGAAUUCUAUG